GUCCAAACCACUCGCGACACUCCAAUUCUCUUUCCUCCCUUCCCCAUUUCCUCGUCAUUUAAAUCCUCGGGGUCUCCAUAACACGUCUCCAUCCCAUGUAUUUGACAAAUCCUCGUUGUUAAUAUUUUUCAAAUUUCUCGGUACUUGUGUGGAAGUACGCAAGCGCAUAUAAUCGAGGCUCCAGCGACGCCUCUCGAGGUGGAAACAAACAAAAAAUAAUAAAGGGCGAGAGUAGUCGAGACGAGAGGAAUCGAUAGUGUACGCCGGUCACAGGAAGCAUUCGUUAUCAUUCCGGAGUACAAGGGCUACAGGAUAAAGUCAAUGGUAACGAGUGUCAUCUGAUAUUUUUACUGGAUUUAAUGUCGCAGCGUUGAGAUCGAGUUGUUUUAAUGGGAGCAGUGGAAUGUGUUAUGACACAAUCAAGUGGCUGGUGCAGUCCUGACAUCAUGGAUAUAGUGUAGAUCGAGGACCUGAGUUAUCAGUUGUUUGUUGAGAGCUGAUUAUUCAACGAGAUGGAGAGAUUACCUGGGGAUAUGCUUGUGCCUGCUAAGUCUGUGGAUAUUGCCAAUUAUCAUUCGACUUUUUAUUCACCACCACCUACUGAGGCGUCGAGGUCUGGUUACGACUCGAGCAGUGGGGACGAGUCAGAGAGUGACUACAAUAUUCAAUCUUAUCAGGCAAAUGCUCACAAUGCAAAUGCCCCUGCAACAGUGAGCACUGGUGCAACAGCACCACAGGGCAAGCACAUAAACAAGGGUCGAUGGACUAAAGAAGAGGACAAUUUACUGAAGCAGUUAGUGAGUAAUGCGGAGAAAUUGGGAACUGGAUUGCGAUGGGAUGCUGUAGCUGCACAUUUUCCAGACCGAAGUGACGUACAGUGUCAGCAGCGAUGGGCCAAAGUUGUUAAUCCAGAUCUUGUAAAGGGCCCGUGGACCAAAGAGGAGGACGAGAAAGUGGUGGAGCUCGUCGAUCGCUACGGUCCCAAGAAAUGGACCCUCAUAGCUCGACACUUGAAGGGCCGAAUUGGUAAACAGUGUCGAGAGAGAUGGCACAAUCACCUGAAUCCAGGAAUAAAGAAGACAGCGUGGACUGACGCCGAGGACAAAAUAAUUGUUGAAGCACACAGACGCGUUGGUAAUCAGUGGGCAAAAAUAGCAAAACUUCUUCCAGGAAGGACAGACAAUGCUAUUAAAAAUCACUGGAACAGCACUAUGCGAAGGAAGUACGAGGCAGAAGAGGGAAGGACAACGGGAAGCAGAGGUCGUGGCAGGAGAAAAACAACGGAGACGAUUAAGAAGGAGCCAGUGGCGGACGAAUCCUCGUGCCAGGAACAAUCGGUGAAGGUUGCGAUCAAGGCCGAGGACAGUCGAGCGACUGUGACCUCAGGGAGUUUAGAGAUUGAUUCACUAGACUGGACUGGCGCCUGGGGACAAACCUCCCAGCAUUCUAUGAUGCAGCAACAAUCUCAAGCGAAUUAUCUUCAAAGUAUUAUGCAGAUGGAUGAGAAACCCGAUGAACCUGUCAAUGAGAGGAAACCUGAUAUUUCGCCUUUCUCUAAAUACUUCAACCUGAAUAUGGGAGCAGAAGCUUCUUCCAAUACCUCAGACAUUCGUCUCCUACCGAUGCCAGACCUCGAGGAUGAUGACGAUGGCAGACUGAGUCCUCCCUCGAUCCUGCGCAAACGUCGAGGCUUCCAGAAUAUUCUUCCCCGCACUGAGACUCCAGACAGUGGUCACCAAGACUUCCUCAUGGGUACAUCAUCCCAGGAGGCGACAACAGCCCCCUCAACACCUAUAAAACAACUUCCCUUCAGUCCCUCUCAGUUCCUCAAUAGUUUAGCCAGUCCAGAAUCAUCCUGGAUACGUGCUAGCACUCCCAAAGGCUCCCCAGGUACCCUCACUACUCCUCAACCCUCUGGGCUUCGUCGUGGGCAUAACGACGGCAACACCCCCAGGACUCCAACUCCCUUCAAGGAUGCACUUGCUGAAAUUGAACGACGCAGUGGUGCCACAACGCAGUUACCAGCAACUCCCAGUCGUCUCGAUGCACUCACCGAAAUCAUAAAGCAGGAAACUGAUCGCGAGAGUUUAGCCGGCAGUAGUAUACUCCAGGAUUCUGGUUAUGGCACUGGUCGACGACGUGGAAAGGAAAACAGUGCACCUGGGGGAAAGAGAGCCCGUAAGGCACUCUGUCAAGCCUGGGCUACCUCCAACGACAGCUCGGACAUGAGUUUUGCUGUCGAGACUCCGAGUAAAAGUAUAGAUACAUCAGUGUUAUUUUCUCCAGCAUCAAUGGCCCUGGAGGACAGUUUUUUAGCGGCUGGACCGAGUCCACUAAAGACUCCCCACGAUUUUACAUCCGUACGGAAGCCCAAUGCCAAGAGGGCUAUCACGUUUGAUGUCUUUGACAGUCCAUGUAUCAGCCCUCUGAUUUUCAAGCCGCAGAAACGACCAAAACUGCAUCUUGAAGCUCAAUGGACAAUGGUAGCAUGUGGUCGUACCCAGGACCAACUGGACAUGACUCGUGCUGCUCGCAAUUUUCUGAAUCUACACGGGUUUCCACCUCUGCGCCCACGUUCCCUGAACUUCUAAUGAGUAAGAAAAAUAAUUGUGGAGUUCAUAGACUUCAAGAGCAUGACUGAAAGUCCGGUCGCGCGAUAUUGGAACUAGUCGUAGCACGUUUACGUGUUUAAAUUACCGCAUUAAAUCGUCAUCAAAAAAAAAACAAAUCUACGAAAUAAUAAAAAUAGUGAAAAAGUGUUUAAUAAAACGAACAAAUUUGAGAAAAAAAGUUUAUUUUGUUAGUGAUACCUAAAGAGUAAAGUUCUAUUUUACUGAGCUUGUAAGUGCAUCACCCAGUAUUUUUAAGCCAACAAAUGACUCGUUCGCAAAAUAAUAUUUGGGAGCAUUCGUUGGAGAGAACAGAAGCCAUAU